AUGUCAGAGAGGCCAGUAAAGGACAAAAAUGGUGACUUGAUAACAGACGAAGAGGACAAAAGAAGAGACUGUCAACCCACCAAAGAUACCGCCAGCUGUAAGAGACCUAUCAAGUGCAGUGCACCCACUAAAGAGCUGACAAUUUAUUUGAAGAAGGUGAAGUCUCUCCAAAGUAAAUUGAAAGAAAAAGAGCAUGAAUUGAAACAGGACCAGAAGAGAAACAAAGAGCUUGAUGACAAAGUUAAGAAUCUACUCCAGGAGAAAUGGAAGAAAGCAAUCGUAUUAUUGAUCACACAGAUACCAACCAGAAAAUCCAGCUGUGACAAGAAAAAUCAAGAAAACAAUGAGCCAACAAAGGUUAAAGAGCAAAACAAACAAUGUGAACAUUUGAGCGACUCUGACAGCACUGAAAUAGAUCUAAAAAAGGUUCAAGACCAGAAAAACAAGCAGUACUUAGAAAAAGCUCAAGCUAGGAGUGAAGAGAACUUGAGAAACACAAGCAAUGAAGUUAGUAACAUAAAGUCAAGGUUGAUAGAUGUGGAGCAUGAAAAAAUCAUGCUAGUGAAACAGCUGACACAAUUUAGAUCAAAAUACAACUACAUAACCAGACAGAAAGACAAAGAAAUCCAGAGACUCAAAAGUGAACUGGAGCGUGUACAAAUUACAACUUGUGGAUUGUUCUUUGCAUUAUCAUUACAUGAUACAUUUCAUGUGAGGACAAAGAAUCCGCUACUAGCCCUAAACUUUUAUAAACUCAACAGAGCAUCACAUCUUAAUUUAAUAUACUCCAGCUAUAUCGUGCUUUGGUAUUCAAUGUAUUCUAAUGUUUAAAAUAAAAAAGCUAAAUAAAAUUAUUUCUUUUUUUU